CCGCCAGUCCGCCAUGAGCGCCUCGGGCAAGGGUCUGCUGGGCCUGUGGCUGUACCGCUCCGCCGGCGGCCAGUGGGCGCUGAAGGAGGGUCCGCCCGUCACCGCGCGGCUACAGCGGAGUAUCAGCAGAGACGCGGGACCCAACGAGGUGUCAGUGGAGGGCCACAAGGACUCGCUGAGCUCUGUGGUGUUCUCGCUGAAGAACCAAGUGGGCGGCCUCGCCCGCGCGCUGCAGGUCUUCCAGGACCUGGGCGUGAACGUGAUCCACAUCGAGUCGCGGCCGAGCUCGCGCAAGGACUCCGAGUACGAGAUCCUGGUGGACGUAGAGUGCGACGCUCUGCGCAUGGAGCAGCUGGUGGCGGCGCUGCGGCGCGAGGUGGCCGCCAUCAACCUGGCGCGCUUCGAGCAGGGCGAGGACCUGCCGCCGCCCACGCCGCUCUCCGCCAGCGCCAGCUUCGAUUUCGGGGAAAUGCCGUGGUUUCCGCGCAAGAUCAGCGACCUGGACCGAGCCCAACGAGUCCUUAUGUACGGCUCAGAGCUGGAUGCAGACCACCCGGGAUUCAAGGAUCCAGUUUACCGGAAACGACGCGAGAAGUUUGCCGAGAUUGCCAACAACUACAGACACGGCCAGCCCAUCCCCAAGGUGCAGUACACCGAGGAGGAGAUCCGAACCUGGGGUACUGUUUUUCGGGAGCUGCAUAAACUCUAUGUUGUCCACGCAUGUAAGGAAUACUUGGAAAACUGGCCUCAACUUGUGAAGUAUUGUGGAUAUCGGGAGGACAAUAUACCACAGCUGGAAGAUGUCAAUAUCUUCCUCAAAAGAAAGACAGGUUUUCAACUUCGUCCAGUUGCAGGAUACUUGUCUCCAAGAGAUUUCCUGUCAGGAUUGGCAUUUAGAGUGUUUCACUGCACUCAGUAUAUCCGUCACUCAUCCGACCCUUUUUAUACUCCUGAACCAGACUGCUGCCAUGAACUGCUGGGUCACAUGCCUCUGUUAGCAAAUCCAAGCUUUGCCCAGUUUUCACAGGAACUAGGACUGGCUUCUCUAGGUGCCCUUGAUGAAGAUGUUAACAAGCUUGCAACUCUCUACUUCUUCACAGUUGAAUUUGGUUUGUGUAAGCAAGAUGGUCAACUGAGAGUAUAUGGAGCUGGACUUUUGUCAUCUGUUGCUGAGCUUCGCCAUGCUGUCGCAGCAACAGAUAAAAUAAAACGCUUUAAUCCAGAUGUGACCUGUCAUGAAGAGUGUAUCAUUACUGCAUACCAGAAUGCUUAUUACUACACAGAUUCAUUCGAGGAAGCAAAGGAGAAAAUGAGAGCAUAUGCUAGUCACAUCCAGCGGCCAUUUGGUGUCCGUUAUAAUCCAUACACACAAAGUGUUGAAGUGUUAAGCAGUGCACAGAAGAUAGCUGCACUGGUAUCAGAACUCCGUGGUGACCUCUGCAUUGUCAGCAAUGCACUUAAGAAGAUACACGAACAAGAUGAAACUGUAGAUGUUGAAAGUAUUACAAAUCUAUUGCAGUCUGGCAUAAACAUAGAAGACAAGAAAGAUGAUGAUAUUAAAACUGAACCAAAUUAAGUUACUUAAUAGCUUACAUGGCACAUUCAUAAGUCUCUGUAAAUGCAAAAAAAGCUAUUUUUUUAGUUAAUCUAGCAUAAAAGAUGUUUAUUUAACACUUUUUCAUUUGCUGUAUAAGAAAUGGUAAUUUGUGUAUAAUUACCAAAUAAUUGCUCACCAUUCAAGUCUGUUGCAAGAAACAUGUUUGUAUUAACUAGAGCAUUCCCAUGAACAUGUUGCCCCAGAAACAUUGCUUACUAGCUGUAUUUAGCUGAGUAAAAGUUACAUGUCUUUAA